AUGUCUUUGUUUCUAAAGAGAAGCAAAUUUGCUAGAUUGUUGCAGCUCUCAUGGCUGGGAGUGAAUUUAUAUCUGUUUAUUGACACAUUCUAUUGGUAUGAAGAGGAAGAAUCUUUCCUUUACACGCGUGUUAUUCUGGGUUCAACGUUGGCUUGGGCACGAGCAUCUGCAGUGUGUCUGAAUUUUAACUGCAUGCUGAUUCUGUUACCGAUCAGUCGAAACCUCAUCUCAUUCAUGAGAGGGACAAGUACUUGCUGCAGAGGCCCAUGGAGGAGGCAAUUAGAUAAAAAUCUCAAAUUCCACAAACUGGUCGCCUAUGGGAUAGCUGUUAAUGGAGCCAUCCACAUCGUCGCCCAUUUGUGCAACCUACAGCGUUACCACUGGAGCCAGUCAGCUCAAGCAGAGGGACUUCCGGCCGCUCUUUCCAAACUUGGCGACGCCCCAAAUGAGAGCUACCUGAACCCCAUCCGGACCUUCCACACAAACACCAUCACCGAAUCGCUAACCACCAUCGCGGGUGUUACUGGCCUGGUCCUCUCUCUGGCUUUGAUCUUGAUCAUGACCUCUUCCACCGAGUUCAUCCGACAGGUCUCCUACGAGUUGUUCUGGUACACACACCAUGUGUUCAUCAUCUUCUUUAUCAGUCUGGCAUUCCAUGGGGCCGGUCGGAUUGUUCGAGGCCAGACUCCUGAGAGUCAACUGCAGCACAACGUCACCUUCUGCAGAGAUCACUAUGCUCAGUGGCAGAAGGUGGCCCCAUGCCCCGUGCCUCAAUUUUCUGGCAAGGAGCCUUCGGCUUGGAAAUGGGUUUUAGGCCCUGUGGUCCUAUAUGCGUGUGAAAGAAUGAUGAGAUUGUGGCGGUUUCAACAAGAAGUUGUCAUUACCAAGGUGGUGAGCCACCCGUCUGGAGUUCUGGAACUUCACAUGAAAAAGCGUAACUUUAAAAUGGCGCCAGGACAGUACAUCCUGAUCCAGUGCCCAACCAUAUCCCGGCUGGAAUGGCACCCCUUCACCCUCACCUCCGCUCCUCAGGAGAACUUCUUCAGUGUCCACAUCCGGGUAGCAGGAGACUGGACAGAAGCUUUAUGUCAGGCCUUCGGGGCAGAGGGACAGGCCUCGAAGGAGCUCUGGAGCCUGCCAAGGCUGGCGGUGGACGGGCCGUUCGGAACCCCACUGACGGAUGUAUUCCACUACCCAGUGAGCGUGUGCAUCGCAGCGGGAAUAGGGGUCACUCCCUUCGCCUCUCUUCUGAAAUCUAUAUGGUACAAAUGUGAGUCACAAACCCAGAUGAAGCUGAGCAAGGUGUAUUUCUACUGGAUUUGCCGGGAUCCGAAGGCUUUUGAGUGGUUUGCUGAUCUCUUACUCUCGCUGGAAACAUUUAUGAGUGAGCAAGGGAAAGCUCAUUUUCUGAGUUAUCAUAUAUUUCUUACUGGCUGGGAUGAAAAUCAGGCUGUUCACAUUGCUUUACACUGGGAUGAAAGUACCGAUGUGAUCACGGGAUUAAAGCAGAAAACGUUCUACGGAAGACCUAACUGGAACAACGAGUUCCGACAGAUGGCCUAUUCUCACCCCGGCAGCAGCAUUGGUGUGUUCUUCUGUGGACCCAAAGCUCUCUCAAAGAUGCUUCAAAGGAUGUGCCGCUUAUAUUCCUCAGCUGACCCCAUGGGGGUCCAUUUUUACUACAACAAAGAAAGCUUCUAAACCUUGGAGAAAAAAUCCCAUGUGGUUUUCAACCAAAUUAUUGAAUCCAGAGAUCUCCACCAUGAAUUCUUGCAACCACCUGUUAAAAUGAGUUCCCAGUCGGGAAUAAGUUGAUGAUAACUAGCCAUUGAGAAUCGUACACAACAUCAUACUCUCUUAGCUUAUAACUAACAUGACAUAUGCAACAGAAUAAAAACAUUUCUUGAAGUUAAAAUAGAUUAUGUUUUACAAAUGCUUUUUAUCUUUGUAGACCAUAAUUAUGCCAUGAGAGAGGAUUAAAUUGUCUGACAUGAUUUGUUUUUACAAAGUCAGCAGCCACUUAAGCUCUUUCAGAGAUUUCUGAAUUAUAAAUUGAUCAUUUCUUUUACUUUAUCCUCGGAUAUUAAUUUUGACUCUAUGAUUUCUAGGGUCUAUUUUAAAAUACACACUAGGAAAAAAUGUGGGCAUAUUCCCUCAUGUCUCUAAAAUUAUUUCUACUUUUCUGAAUUGGAAUUUCUUCGUAUCUUUAAGUGUCGUUUGAUAGAUAUCACUCAAACUCUACUAAUUCUAAUAUAUACAGUCUUUCUGUGUAUUCAUUUCCCCACUUAAGUUUGAUUCAGCUUUUAUAAGAACUUUCUGCAAUGUAUAUAGCUAAUCUUUAACAGGAAAAUUAAAUGUAUUAACAAGUUUUCCUCAGUUGUAUUCAAUUAUUAGUU